GUAGAAGAAGAGUCCUGUCCGUGAAUUUUUUUCUUUUAGUCCGUGCUGUCUACAAGGGAAAUAAACGCGUAUGGAACUCUGCUACCUUGAAUGUGACAAGUUUUGACUUCGAGGACCGAAAAGUACAGUGCGAAGGAAAUUAGUUACUGACGCUGUCUGGCUCGUUUACAAAAUGACCCAGGUUGGAUGUCAGCCGUGGGGAAAUUUGCCGAGACAUGGUCCCGUAGACCUGUGGACGCUGCAGUCCCAUCAAGUGCGGGUGGAGGUCCUAACACUGGGUGCCAUCAUCAGGUCUGUGUGCAGCAAGGGGAAAGACGGUCAGAUGGAAGACGUAGUCUUGGGCUUUGAUGACUUGGAAGGUUAUGUGUCAGACAAGCGGUAUUUUGGAGCUGUGGUGGGCCGUGUAGCCAACAGGAUUGCACAAGGACGCUUUGAAGUGGAUGGCAAAACAUAUCAACUAGACAUCAACAAUGGGCCACAUGCUGUGCAUGGGGGACUGCGAGGUUUCAGUAAGGCUAUUUGGCUUGCUACAGCAGUGGAGGGUGGAGUCAAAAUGAGUCUUUCCAGUCCAGAUGGAGACCAGGGCUACCCUGGAGAGAUGGAGGUUUCUGUUACAUACACCUUGCAGGGGGAAAAACUGACUGCAGAAUAUCAAGCCUGGUCUUCUAAAUCAACACCAAUCAACCUCACUAAUCACUCCUACUUCAACUUGGCUGGACAGGCUGCGCCUACCAUCAAUGACCAUGAAGUGUCGAUAAGUGCUCAGUUCUACUUGCCUGUGGAUGACACUUCUAUCCCAACAGGAGAGGUGAAGACAGUGGGUGGCUCACCUUUUGACUUCAGAAAGCCUGUUCUGAUUGGUCCUCGGCUUAAGGAAGUUCGAGGUGGAGGAUUUGACCACACCUUUUGUUUGUCAUCACCUGGAGACCCAUGGACCGAGAGACUUGUUGCUAGAGUUUAUCACUCAGCCAGCGGCCGUAUUCUGGAGGUUUCCACCAGCCAACCAGGAGUCCAGUUCUAUACCGCAAACGUCUUGGAUGGCACAAUAACAGGAAAGGGUGGCGUUAAAUAUAGAAAGCACUGCGCCUUCUGUUUGGAGACUCAAAAUUGGCCUGAUGCUAUCAACCAGGCUUCAUUUCCUGACUGUCUUCUGCGUCCAGGCGAGGAAUAUCGACACCUGACUUCUUUCACAUUCACUUCUGCGGAUUGCUGAUUGACCAGUUUUGAGGACCCUAACAUAACCUACAUCGCUUAAUCUUAUCUACAUCGCUUAAGUACAUUCCAUUGCACUUCCUAAGACAAAAUUAUAAAAAUAUGAAGUUGUCAUCCAUUUUCCACCCAUUUUCUGUACCACUUUAAUGUGUCCUCAUUAAUGUUACGGGUUAGCUGGAGCCUGUCCCAGCUGAACUUUGGGUGGGGAACACCCAGGACUAGUCGACAAGUCAAUCACAGGGCACGUACAGUAUCGACAAACAUUCACACUCACAUUCACACCUACAGUAUGUCACAAAAUGACAUUUUAGCAACUAUUUUAUAUCUUUUUAUAUCAACCCGACCUUGAAUAAGUGGAAGAAGAUUGAUGCAGACACAAUUUGGACAUUUUUGCUAUCAGUGUAUUUACUUCUGUUGCCAGCGGUUUAGACAUUAAUGGUUGUGUGUUGAGUUAUUUUGAGAGGACAGCAAAUUGACACUGCUAUUCAAGCUGUACACUGAUUACUUUACAUUGUAUCAAAGUGGUGUCUCUUUAGUUUUGUCCCAUGAAAAGAUAUCAUAAAAUAUAUUUGAAGAAAUGUGAGGGGUGUACUCGCCCUUCGUGUGUGGACAAUUUAGACACACGGGGAGAACGGGUAAGGGAGCCUUGAAGAAGAAUUACACGUCCACCAGAUCAAUCUCAGUGACACACAACACACAGACAAAUGCAGCAUUGGUUGGAACCAAAGUGUAUAAAAACUCAUGCUUUUGAAGCUAUUUAUUUGGACAAGUGGCUGCAGACUGCUUGGCAGCCUGUUCUGUUCUUCAUGUUGUGAACACCAGAGGGCCAUUCUAUAAAUUGGCCAUGUUUUCCUCCACUCUGAUGUGCCUCAUUUCACAAUGGUUCUGACUUUUAUCAAAACAUGUAUAUUGCAUUAGCAUUCUGUGUUGUCUGUAAGGACAGUGUCACUUUUGGUCCAUGAUCAAUCUGACAACAGAAAAUGUUUUUUUUAAUAAAUCUCAA